AUGCCCGUCCCACUGCUCCCGUUACUUCUGCCGAGCGCUGGUUGGGGCCGCCUGCUUCUGCCUGCCGCCCGCCUGGCCCGCCGGCACCUCCUGCCCCUGAUGCGCCGACUGGCCCGCCGCCUAGGCUCACAGGAUGUUCGAGAGGCUUUGCUGGGCUGUGUGUUGUUCGUCCUCAGCCAGAGACACCCGCCGACGCUGAUGAGGGCCUCCAGAGCGGCUGGCCAGGAGAGGAGGGAGAGGCUAGCCCCCCCCCAAAUGAGGCCGCGGUCCCUGAUAUUGGCUGUGUCAUCGAAAGCCUUUCUUCUGGGACUAGGACAGUCUGGCAUCAUCACUGAGCGCAGCCUACCCAGUGUGCGAAAGACACGGUGCGGGACUGAGCCACAAGAAGGGUUUGACCAGGAACGCCUCCCCUCUCCAACAGGAAUGACUGGAAGGAUGUUCCAUGCAUCGAGCAGAAAACUGAUCAAUUACCCCUCCUGA